CGAGCGGACUAACGCUUCGCUAUUCCGCGCGUUCUAGCAAAAUAGCUUCGUGCAGACUGAUCCGUUCUUCUCGCGUGCCCGGGUGCCGAGUGUAAGUCCGAAACGCGAUCGUAGACCCGCCGCGCGCACGCCCCGGGUACGACGACGAGAUCGCCCGCGUGGCACUCCCCGCGGUGGCCCUUUUCUUCUCCCUUUGCCUUUCGUCCCUGCGCGCCGCCACAAUCGCCACCGUUGCCGCCGUCGCCGCCGCCGCCGUUGCCGUCUAACCUUCUCGUGGAAUUUACGCGGCUACGCCGAUGCCGCCGACGUUCGCUCGCGAAUGUAUCUCACGCGGAGGGCGGGGGCAGGGGGAGCACGCAGGAUCCAACAUCGACUGCCUCUUAAUCGUCCCGAGUGACCCGAUGUGUGACGCUCGGUUCGAGAUCUCCACUGGCAUGGAGCUAGGAGCGCACUGAUAGCGUUAGUUUACGAGAUCUUGGUUUCUAUGCAUUGCCUGCCAAAGAAGAACUGAGCCCAAUGUUUCCAUACAAUUCUAGUUCACAUGAGAUUUCUACAGAAACAAAUGCCUUCGUACAAAAUUCCAUGCAGGGGGAUGUAGUAGUAUUAGGGAAAAGCAGUCUGGAUGGGGUAUGGGAAGAAGAAGGAUCAGAGCACACUAGGUACUGUGAUAUCGAAUCGAUAGCAAACAGCAGCACGAUGGCAGCACCUAUUAGCCAUCCCGAAGCUACCGCCGCCAAUGGCUUUUCAACCGUCCUGCCGAACCAAGCUGGUGAGUUGAACCUAACCGGCAUAGGUAAGGCCUGCCAGUCAGUGGCGCCAGCAACCACAAAAUACCCAACAAAUCACCUUCUAAUCUGCGAUAAUAAUAAUAAAAUAAAUAACCACAACAAUGCAGAACAUAAUCAUCACAAGUACAGAAAGCUCUACGCAUCGGGCUUGCUUGGUCCGCAGCUGGGCAGCUCCGCCAAUAACUCUAAGUCUACUUGUAAGACAUUAAGUGAUAAUAAGACUAGCUUUAGCUAUAAAUACUUUAGGUUAUAUCCUAUAUAUGCAAAUUCACAAGUAAGGGACAAAGCGUAUUGCAUCGUUGGGGUACCUAGCCUAGUUAGGAUACCCAAGUCUGAUAGUCCCCAACGGUCGUUGCGCCUCCCUAACUCUGACAAUUACUCCUUACUAGGGUCCUGCCUUGACCUAGGCGACAACAAUAAAUCUAAGGCUAAUUUUAGUUAUGUAAGUAAUAACAACUCCAAGUCUGUGAUAUUGCUCAGCUCAACCAGUUACAGUAACCAUUACCUCCUCUUUAGUGGUGGCUUUGAAAAGAUAGCUCCCGACAUCCCGGUACUUUGUAUUAAGAGGGACGAUUCCACUACCACAUCGAAUAGAAUGAAACUACUAGGUGAUAAGUACGCCCUAGUUACCAGUUUUGCUCAGAUCUCCAGACUGCUUGCAAACGAUAGAAUUCUGGAUGAUUCUAACUCUGACAUCCGAGUUUCGCUGAGCCGCCGAAUAGUACGACACCUCUUGGAAACGCAUUUCAAUGGCAACACACUAGUAUCGGUGUCUGUCUACGCUCAGAAUUUCGCGAUAUACGCCGCCAGUUCUUCCAUUACGCUUAUCGUUUCCAGAAACGAAGUAAUUGACCACACUUUGCGAUCUUUCCUGAAAAAUCUCACACAACUGUAUGUACAAUCUUCUAUUUCUCCAUUAUGUAAUGUCACUGUGACCGAGCUGACGCAACACUUAUGUGUUCCACUAUUAAUAAUGUGUAAAAGUAAUGAUUACAACGUUGGUAAUAAUUAUAAUGAAUAUUAUAAUAACGAGUACAGUAACGUUGGUAGUAUUGAAGAAGAAAUUAAUAUUAGUAAUAAUAAUCCAGAUGUUAUCGGAGACAUUGUUGACAUCGCUGUGUGCUACAAGACUAGUGUAAUGACUACUAAUGUUAGGAUCUUAGGGUCUCAAAAUGAUGGUAUUAGUUGUACCGAAGCAACAAUAUUUACUGUUGGUGCUCUUUUAUUUCAGGAUAACAAUAAGCCUCUAAACACUUGUUUUAAGAUUAAUAGGUAUAGGGGAUUGGUCGCUACCGAUCACGAAUCUAACUCUAUCAUUAAGUCUGUAUCUAGGUCUACGCUAAGCGAUAAGUGUAGUAAUGUUAAGUUUGAAACAUCUCAUGCCGCUCGACUUGACGAAUCUGACAACAGAAAGCAAGUUAAGUUGACUGUCAACAUUCCUAUAAUGACUACCUGCAAGCCUACGAUGACGCUUACAUGCCAAUCAGCCACCGUCGCAUCCCAAACAAUUGUUGUACCUGUAUCUCGGGCGGAGAGUCGCACGAACGGCAAUGAAAUGCGAUUGGAAUAUUUCAAUAUACUCCGAAAUGACCAAAUAUGUAUCCAGUAUAUAUUGCUAAGUCAUACAGCUGAUCUUAAUAAGAAUGACCUGCGUCAUUAUGAUGCAACUAAAUUUAAAGGCGUGCAAAUUUAUGCCAUUGACAAGCUCAAGGCUUCUACAACAUCGAAAGAUGACGCUCACUUCAAAUAUGACCGAGAUACUCUUAGACGCGACCCGAGUCGUCUGAACGAUUACGAUAAUGCCAUCGUAUGCAACGGCAACGAAGAUUCCAUUGUACCGUCUACGUCGCAAUGGUCAUCCCUUAUAAUACGUGUGCGUGCGUUAGUUCUCGCUUGUCGAAGAGCGUACGAGAUUCAUGGGAGCAAAUGUGAAGUUCAACGACGUCAACUCAAAUCCGUCUUGAACGUCCUGUUUAAUCAGUCGUCGCGCUUGCACCACAAGGACGCCGAGCCUAUCGCAAGUUACAAGCAACGUUGGGGUAUACCAAUGAUAUUGCGACUGGUGGGAGGUGGCGAGAGUUCCUUAAAUAGCGGAGGAGCUGCCAAUUGGGGGACGACGCAAGCUGCCACGCAGAAUAACAACAAUACGAAUCAGAGUGGUUGGGGUGGCACACCCGGAAAUCCACCUGGUGGUGCUAAUGCGCCCAAUAAUUGGGGCGCGAAUACUGUCAAUCGAUCCGUCACUGGAAAUCCAAAUCAAAAUCAAAAUCAAGGACCGCCUGGUAGCCAAAAUAAUCCAGGCAAUGUGAGUAAGGUUAAUAAUCCCAAUCAACAAUCGAAUCAACAAUCUGGACCGCCAACGUCACAAUCAAAUAAUCCCACCCAAGGGAAUCAGAAUAAUAACCAAUGGGCUCAGGGAAAGUCUAAUAAUCCAGGUGGUCUUGGACAAAAUCCGUCAGUGCAGAAUAACAACAGUAGCGGCGUCCAACAACAGCAAUCUUCUGGUUCAAGUGCGAACAAUAAUCAAUCGAAUAAUCCCACCCAAGGAGCUGUGAGCAUCGGCAAUACCGCGGCGGCUAAUAAUCCGUCUACGAAACAGCAACUCGAACAACUCAAUACGAUGAGGGAAGCUCUCUUCAGUCAUGAUGGCUGGGGCUGUCAAAACGUGAAUCAAGAUACAAACUGGGACGUGCCGACGUCCCCCGAGCCAAGCAUGACCAAAGACGGCGUACCGAUCUGGAAGCCACCGGUGAAUAACGGUACUGAUCUGUGGGAGGCGAAUCUUCGUAACGGAGGGCAGCCGCCGCCUCAGCAGCAGACAAAGACACCAUGGGGACACACCCCAGCGACCAAUAUCGGCGGCACCUGGGGCGAAGAUGACGAAACUGCGGAUUCGUCAAACAUGUGGACCGGUGCACCAACGCCGUCGCAACCGAGCGCCGCUCAGUGGACUGGUGCAGCCGGUAAUCAAGCCGGGUCCAAUUGGGGUGAUCCCAGAAUAGACCAUAGAGAUCCGCGGGAUUUGAGAUCAGUGGAUCCGAGGGAGAUGCGUGAUCCACGGGAUCACCGUAUGUCCUUAGAUCCCCGAGAUCAUAUGCGCGUAAUGGAUCCUAUGGCACGCGACCCACGAAUGGCCGAUAUGCGCGGAGAUCCGCGUGGUAUAUCGGGACGAUUGCAUGGUGCGAACGCGGACGCGAUGUGGAGUCAGCCACCCGGCCCGCCGCAUCACCAGAUGGGUCAUCAGCAUCCGUCCGGACCACCGGCGAAGAUGAUAAAUCCAUCGAAUGUGAAUCAGUGGGCCGCGCCACCGCCGAAGGACAUUAUGCCCGGCAAACCGUCCGGUUGGGAGGAGCCUUCGCCGCCGACGCAGCGUCGCAAUGUACCCAAUUAUGACGAUGGUACUAGCCUCUGGGGAAAUCCGGGGGCUAAUCAGCGUGCUAUGCCUGGCAGCAAAGUAUCGCACUGGAAAGAUCUGCCUGCGCAAAACCUGGCUCGUGGAGGCAUGCAAUGUCCACCAGGCAUGCCUCAAAACAGCAGGAUGCCAGGACAACCUGGAAUGAAGCCAGACGUGGGUAAUCCUAUGUGGGGUCACCCCGGUGCACCAAGCGGCCGCAACGGAACUUGGACAGACGGGCCGCACGAUACUACAUCUUGGGACGAUCCUAAAACGCCGGCAACAUGGAACGAACCUCAGUUGAAUCCAGCUUGGGGAGGACCUUCCGCGCAUAAGCCAAAGCCCAUGGGACCCGCUGGAAGCUGGGCCGAUUCUGACAUGGAUCCGACUCCUAGCUGGGCGCAUCCCGCGAAACCUACUUUGACGAAGGAAGUCAUUUGGAAUAGUCGCGAGUUCCGAUAUCUCUGCGAUUUGGGUUUUAAGAAAGAAGACGUGGAAUUGGCAUUACGGAAUCGGGAGAUGAACCGUGAGGAAGCUUUGGAACUUCUCAACCAAUUACGUCCUCUUGAACAGUGGAGACGUCACGACACUCAUUCGGGUUACGAUCCGACGCAUCAAGCGACUACUGCACCUACUUAUCCUCGUUUCAAUCACGUCGCACAACAGAUGUCAUUUCCUCCGGGUGGAGGAGUGCCCAGUGGGGCGACCAGCGGGGGCGUAGGUGGUUCUGUCUCGAGUGCUAGCCUCCUCAAGCUGCAGCAGCAACAACAGCAACAGACAGUUCCGUUACAGCAACAACAACAAAGCACCAAUGCGCCACAACCUCCUUUCAAUCAGGCCUCUCGUGCGUCACAGAAUCAGCCAAGUACGCAGCAACUGCGUAUGCUUGUGCAGCAGAUUCAACUGGCUGUCCACGAAGGAUAUCUGAACCAUCAGAUCUUAAAUCAACCACUGGCUCCCCAAACUUUGAUGUUAUUGAAUCAGCUGCUGCAACAGAUUAAGGUCUUGCAACAGUUGCACCAACAGCACGCUGUUCAGAACACAAUGAAAGGAAGCAAUCAAUCAGCUCUGCAGAUAAGCGUCCAGAUCACUAAGACUAAGCAGCAGAUCACGAAUUUGCAGAAUCAAAUCGCGGUGCAGCAAGCGACAUAUAUGAAACAACAGCAGCAGCACCCGGCUCCUCCCUCACAAGCAUCGGAGUACUACAAAUCCUCCACUGUGCAUGACCCCAUGUCCGCUCUGCAGAAUAGCUUCAGUGAUCUAACAAUGAACAAAGAGCCACCGGUGAGUCAGCAGCAAUCGAGAUUAAACCAGUGGAAGCUGCCAUCGCUUGACAAGGACGGCGAUUUGGUGUCGAACGAAUUCUCCCGCGCUCCCGGAACUACGAGCAAGCCGCCCGCGACACCUGGUGGUUUGACCCAAUCACACAGCAGUCCCAACAUGAAUCCGUUGCUAGGCCAAGGUGACGGCACUUGGUCUUCUCGACUCGGCGACAGCGGCUGGCCUGAUCCCGGAAACAGCGAUUCGACUGACGGAAAGGACUGGCAGCCUGGUGGUGCCGCAUAUACAGAUCUCGUGCCGGAGUUUGAACCGGGAAAGCCAUGGAAGGGUACCCAGAUAAAAAGCAUCGAGGAUGAUCCUAGCAUCACUCCUGGCUCCGUCGUGCGUUCUCCGUUGUCCUUGGCCACUAUCAAAGAUUCAGAUACGAUCUUCUCAUCGAGCAGCAAGACAUCGCCACCGCCGCAAGCAGCCAAUCCUGAUACGUCUAUCCCGAGUUUGAGUAAUUCUACUUGGACAUUCAAUCCACCGGCUACCACACCUAGCGCGUUUACCAGCACUUCUAAGAAUACAUGGGGAGAGUCUGCUCCUCCGCCUACUGCUGUGACUUCGGAGCUAUGGGGCGCGCCAAUGAGUAAAGCGCGCGGUCCACCUCCUGGUUUGAGUAGCAAAGGAGCUACGAACCCGAGCAAUGGCUGGGGCGCUGGCUUGGGAAGUGUCAGUAGAUCCUCUAGCUCGUGGGGCCUCCAAUCGUCGACGGUCAGCAACUCUGGCUGGAUGUCCACUUGGCUCCUACUGAAAAAUCUUACCCCGCAAAUCGACGGGUCUACUCUCAAGACACUGUGUAUGCAGCAUGGACCAGUUCAAGACUUCCGUCUUUACCAGAAUCAUGGAAUCGCUUUGACGAAAUAUUCCUCUCGCGACGAAGCAAUCAAGGCACAAGGAGCCCUAAACAAUUGCGUCCUGGGUAACACAACGAUAUUUGCCGAGUCGCCCGCAGAGAGCGAGGUGCACACGAUUCUGCAGCAACUCGGCCACGGCGGACAGCAGCAAGCCGGCGGUUCCGGUGGGGCCGGUUGGGGCCUUAGACCAACUAAUAAAGCUGGCCCGCCGCCCGACACAUGGGGAGGCAGCUCUAGUCAGCUCUGGGGCGCCCCGCCUACCAGUAAUUCUCUGUGGAGCAACGCGGGGAUCGACAACAAUGAUCAACAACGAGCUACUCCCAGUUCUCUCAACUCGUACUUACCCGGAGACCUUCUGGGAGGUGAGUCGAUGUAAAGAGCAAGAGGCCAUCCGCCCGAAAUCUCGUCAGAUAAGUGAAACUCCACUUACUUGUGACGCAAGUCCAAAAACGCAACUCGGCUGACGCAUACUUUGUGAUCGAAUGCGCAUUACUCUCCCCUCGAUCUCUACCUCUUGCUACCUCUAUGAUUUUUGUAUAUCCGAAUAUUAUCACGUGUCGCGAUAUCCUUGAGUAGAGCGGGUACAAGUAUCCGCUUUGUGUAUAUCAUCCUCUGUCGUGGAUGACAGAAGAGAGCGUACGAGAGGUCGAGGGAAAGGGGGGGAGAGCUGAGAGAAUGACAGAGAGGGUGUGAAAGAGAGAGAGAAAGACAAUGAGUCGGACGAGGUCUUCAUGAAACGUCAAUUAUAUUGCUAGGAAAUGCAAUUACUAUAUAACGAGUUACUUAACAAAAAAAAAAAUUACUACCCUCGUAUCCGCCUUGAGUAGAACACGCGUAAGCAAAAAAUCGCAGCGGCGUGCAGCCAAAUCGUGCGAUAGAUAUCUAAUUUUACAUGACAAACUACAUUCAUACACACACACGUACACGUACACUUAUAAAAAACACUUAAAACGAAAAAAAAAAGAAGAAGAAGAAGAAGAAAGGUACUUGCGAGUACGAAUUUUGCGGUCGCGUCAUUACACCGAGGAGACUUGGGAGGGAUUGCGAAAGAGUCGGACCAAUUGCAACGUGGUCUCUCGUCCACACAUCGGGUGCGUUUUACUGCGUGCGAUCCGCCACCAUGUGCGACGACGAAAGCGGCGAAAACUUCUCGCCGUACCAAGCCAAUCUAGUAAGCAUGUCUGAAGAAAUCUAUCAAUGAAGAAAACAUAGGGGAAUGGAGAUGAAGAAAAGAGAAAGAGAACUAUUCGCGCUCUCUACCGCUUUAAAUAUGAAGGGAGGGCGUUUUUUCAAUGAAGAUUUAUCGGCCGAGGGUCUCUGAUCAGGUCAAAGAGUGUUCCAUUUUUGCUGGACAGUUUCCGAAGACUGCAGCGAGUAUCAAAUGUAGACUGUAUCAAUCUAAUCAAAAGAAAGAAACCUUAAAAAAAACAAAGCAUUGACGUCGCUGCCUGGCGUUCUGCCCUGACCUCCGCCCCCGCCCCCACCGCACUUUCCGGACCUCCACGAACGUGGAAGAAACGAGGACUGCAGGGAUAUCAGAUCGACUGGGCAACGACGCAACGAUACCAAAUGUUAUCGCAAUAACGUAAAUUUUAUUCUAUAUUAAAUCUAGAUGCCACCUGUCGUGCCAAUGUCCAGUGUGUCUCUUUACCAUUUAUUAACGUAGAGUUUAAAUGAAGAAAAAAAAAAAGGGAAGUCAAGAUAUGAAGAUUCGAGGACGAAGCGUUAGAAAAAAAAAAUAAAAAAUAUAAAGACCGAGGGCAUGUGAAGACGUGAAAAACGAGUAAUAUCAGUAAUUAGCGAUGUCACGAGGACGAUCAAGUACUGCGUACUAAAGUACUAGCAUAUUACGCUUCUCGUUGGUGAUGUUCGAACUCGAAGGGAAUCACAAUGGUCCUGCGUAAGAUCGCAAUGCGAGUGAUGGCGAUGUUACGAAUGAACGGCAUUUAUUACGGGCGCAUACUGUCGAGCGCAGCUCGGUCUAGGGUGAAUUUAAAUUAGUUUUUCUCUUCAACGUCAAAGGUACCUGAAAGGACUGAUAACCAAACGACGAACAAGCGAAUCGUUAUUUACUCAUGCACAACAGUUUCCUUUUCACUUUCCGCCGCGCCCGCCGUUCGGCGGGGCGCGUUCGGGAGGGAGCGUUUCGCGAUCAAAUCAUUGGCGCAAUCGCGAACGACUGUGAAAGAGACAGCUUUUUUUCCUUCGCGAACUAAGAGAGCUAAGAAAGAGAGCGAGAAAAGUAUACAUAUAUGAAAAA